AUGGCCAACGAUUCCCUCGCCCACCACCUGCUGCUCCCUCUCGCCGGCGGCUGCUGGUCCGACGUUGAUGAGGAGGAGGAGGAGCCGGGCAACGUCUCCUUCCCCUCAUUCUGGCCGCCCUUCCCCGGUCUCUCGUCGGACUCCGACUCCGACGCCGCCAGCUUCGUGCGUCCGCGCAUGGACCGGCCCCGGGAGACCGCCGCGUCGUCCUUCUUCGGGCUCGGCUUCCACGACGGGGACGACGACGAGUGGGCGCCACCCGACGAGGACGGGGAGCUCGCGCUGCCGCUCUGCUGGGACUGCCUGCAGCUGGAGGACCACGACGACGACCACCGGAGGUGGGACGUGGGCGUGAGCGACGCGGACGAGUGGGAGCAGGUCGCCGGCAGGGAGGAGGAGGAGGAGGCGGCUGCGGCGUCCGCGGUACGGAUCCUGGAGUGGGAGGUGCUGCUCGCCGCCAACAGCCUGGGGAGCCUCGCGGUGGACGACGGCGACGGCGACGACGACCUGGACGCGGGGAUCGAGACGUACUUCCUCGACGACGCCGACGACCUGCUAUUCGGGCAUCUCGCCGCCGCGGAUGCGGACCACGAGCCGCCGGGCAAGUGCGGGCGGCCGGCCGCGAAGGCCGCGGUGGAGGCGCUCCCUACGGUGGUGGUCGCGGAGGCCGACGCGGCACGCGGCGACGCGCAGUGCGCGGUGUGCAAGGACGGCGUCGAGGCCGGGGAGCGCGCCCGGAGGCUGCCGUGCGCGCACCUCUACCACGACGGCUGCAUCCUGCCGUGGCUCGCCAUCCGCAACACGUGCCCGCUCUGCCGCCACGAGCUGCCCACCGAUGACCCCGAGUACGAGAAGUGGAAGGCGAGGCGGGCCGCCGGCGACGGUGGCGAUGCAGACCGGCGUGGCACGGCGGCAGGUAUGAUGUCUUCAUCAGGAUACCUUGACGAAUGGGUAGGCGAAGGAGCAACGGACUAA